GAGGAGUGAAAAGGAGAAUUAGAAAAGUUGGGGGGGAACUAGAGCACUUUCUGUUGCAUCUGGUCCUCAGCUCUAACUUCCAUCGCUCCUCGCAGGACUAUCUAUAUGAGCGAGAAAGCAGACGUUGCCUGAGUUUUGAGAAAAGCUGUCAGUUUCAGCAUGGCCGGGGGCUCGGUGUCUGAGUGCAAGGAGUACUUAUUUAAAGUGCUGGUGAUCGGGGAGCUAGGCGUGGGCAAAACCAGCAUCAUCAAACGCUAUGUCCAUCAACUUUUCUCGCAACACUACAGGGCGACGAUCGGAGUCGAUUUUGCACUCAAAGUUAUCAACUGGGACAGCAAAACGCUGGUCAGGUUACAGCUGUGGGAUAUCGCAGGUCAAGAGCGAUUUGGGAACAUGACGCGGGUGUACUACAAAGAGGCCGUGGGGGCAUUUGUGGUGUUCGAUGUAACAAGGGGCUCCACAUUUGACGCUGUGUCCAAGUGGAAGCAUGACCUAGACAGUAAGGUGAAGCUGGCUAACGGCAACCCCAUCCCCUCUGUGCUGCUUGCCAAUAAAUGCGACCAGAAGAAGGAGGACUCCAACAACACAGCUCUAAUGGACAAUUUCUGCAAAGAAACUGGCUUUCUGGGCUGGUUUGAAACCUCGGCUAAGGACAACAUCAAUGUGGAUGAGGCUGCACGUUUCCUGGUAGAGAAUAUCUUGGCUAACGACAAAGGUUUGCCAUAUGAGGAGAGCAAUGGAGACCGGAUCAAACUGGACCAGGAGACUGUGGCUGCUGAGAGCAAGUCAGGCUGCUGCUAACACUCAAUCCAUUCACAUUAGCCUCCCUUUGGCACCCAUCCAGCCUGUGGCUCCUGCUCUCUAUUGCAGCCUUGGAGGUUUUUUUUUUUUUUUUU